UCAGUUAGAGUCAGUUUCAGUCAGAAAUUCAACGGUGUCGUAUGAGAAAAUUUAGAGGAUCACGUGGACCAUGAUCGAGUAGUUGUUCUGCGAAAUUCAUUCGGAUGUUUUUCAUAAGACUAUAAGUGAAAUGUAACUGAAGAUGAAAAUGGGUGCCAGAAGUGUUAUAGUAUUCUUUAUAGUGCAUGUGAUAACGAGUGUAGUUGUUUCACAAAUAAGUGACCUCAGAUAUACAGAGGCCGUUUACAAAAUGGCCGCGCCGUGGCGUCUAACGGCUCACGAUGGCCUUCUAAGGAGAGGCGCACGGUUCUACUCUGGGCCAACUCCUAGGUAUGGCCCAUCCGAGAUGACAGCGAUACCCUUCCGGCGACUUCGGCGAACGCAGGCUCCGGCCCAAGGCCAAACUCAGGAUAAGCUCCGGCGUAGAUUACAGACCAAUAAUGACAAUUUGGGCGAUGCCAUCCAAUUCCUGCGUGACUUCGAUCGAGAGGCUGCUGAGAUGUGUAAUCGUGUAGCUAGCAGUGAAUGGAAAUACGCUACCAACUCAACAGAGUUCAACAAGCGCCGCAUGCGAGAGCAACAAAGCCUGGCAUCGAAGUUCGAGUGUCUUAGCUGGAGACGGGCUGCCACGUUCGACUCAUCCACCAUUGUGGAUUCCGGUAUUCGGCGUCAGUUGGGACGUAUUGUUCAACCUGGUCGUUGUGGAUUGGGAGAAGACAAGUACGCUGAGUUAGUGCAUGUCAUUUCGUUGAUGAAGGACAAUUAUAACAAUGCAAAGGUGUGCCCGUACCAUGGACCGCAUGCAACCGCUAUUGGGACAGAUAGCUACAAAAGCUCGAACUACGUUACUGGAUAUACGGCAUAUUGUGAUCUGAAACUUGAGCCUGAUGUGGCUCAGAUAAUGGAAUCAAGUCGUGUUGAACAAGAACUCAGAUAUUACUGGUCAGCAUGGCGGGAGAAAACUGGUCCACCGGUGAAGAAUACGUUCAUGAGAUAUUUGGAUUUGGCGAAUCAAGCUGCCGAACGGCAUGGAUUCAGCGAUGCUGGAGAACAGAUGCGUUCAGUCUAUGACGAUAGUGACUUCUUCUUUACGGUUAAUGACCUCUGGACCAGAGUUCAACCGCUUUAUAAACAGCUAGUAACUUUUGUUAGAAAAGGUCUCGUGCGACAAUAUGGGGAGCACGUGGUUCGCAGUGAUGGACCGCUUCCGGCACAUUUGCUUGGUAACAUAUGGGCUCAAAAUUGGCGUAACAUCCUGGAUAUAGCUAGGCCUGGUCCACCCGAAACUCCAGAUGUUUCAGGAGAACUAGUGCGCCAAGGAUACACGCCACUGAAAAUGUUCCAAACUGCGGAAGAGUUCUUUACGUCUAUUGGUCUACCUCCCAUGGCUCCGGAGUUUUGGCGUAACUCAAUGCUGCAGAAGGCAAAUGAGAUGUUUGGUCAUUGCACGGCUUCGGCUUGGGACUUCUGCAACAAAGUUGAUUUUCGCAUCAAGCAGUGCACACAAGUUAACCUGGAGGACUUCGUUAACGCACAUCACGAAAUGACACACGUGCAAUAUUACAUGCAAUAUACCAAUCAACCCUUUCUUUAUCGUGAAGGACCGAAUCCAGCAUUUCACGAAGCUCUUGCAAACGCCGUCAGUUUAUCGGUCGGAGGUCCUAACCAUCUGCAAAAGUUAGGUUUGCUGAAUACCCCAGUAUCGGUUCUUAAUGGAAACACCAUGGUCAACAUCGAAUACCUUCUGAAUGUGGCGUUGGAUAAGCUCCCGUUUAUGGCCUUUAGUUUGGCCUUAGAAAAGUGGCGUUGGUACGUAUUUGAGAAGGGUCCAAUCGGUAUGAACGCACGCUGGUGGGAACUUCGCCUCAGGUACCAAGGCAUCAUUCCUCCCGUGGCCCGAGGCUUCGAGCACUUCGACGCUGGAGCAAAGUAUCACGUCAUUUCCGAUCAGGACUACAUUAAAUAUUUCGUUGCGACCGUGCUUCAGUUCCAAGUUUUUUCGGAGUUGUGCCAGGCAUCGCACCAUGUUGGACCGCUGCACACGUGCGACUUCUAUCGUUCGCGAGAAGCUGGCAGAAUACUGGGGGAUGUGAUGCAGCAAGGGGCUUCUCUCACGUCCACCCAGUUGAUGAAACUUUUGACAAGGGGUAAAACAUCUCGUCUCUCCGUGGAACCCUUAUUGGACUUUUUCAGACCAUUGGAAGCAUGGCUGGAGUUGCAGAACAGAGGAGAACCGAUAAUUGGUUGGAGCUCCAAAAUGGAAGACAUUGCAUUGUUUCAGCCGUUCGUGGAUCGUAAUGGAAGAAGCUCUGCCGGAAAAUUUACUCUCAAUACUUUAAUUAGUAUUUUAACAUUGGUGUACGUGUACUUUAUAUUUUAACCGUUAGGACAUAGUAUUGUAAAUAUAAUAUAUUUUAAUAUAAAUAUAA